CACUAUUGUAUACGUUAGCUAUGCAGUUAAAUUCUAUUGUGCAUUUUCAAAAACUACACGUAAAGUAUUCUCAUUGAAUUUUUACUUUUACACGCAAGAUUUACUAAUCAUUUUAAAUUUCGUCUUUAAUGGGCGUAACAUUAAAAUAAUUUCUGAGUGUAGAAUAACCGACUGAUAUGCAAAUGUGAAUUCUUGUCGCGUUGUAUUUGCAUAUGAUUAAAUAUUAAGCAAUAAAGUUUGUUUUCCGACUGUUACGUAUAUACUGUAAAGAUAUUUCCGAAUUAUUUAAUUUAAGAAAGGUGUAUCUGUGCGAUUUAUAAACGUUAUCAACCAGAAUUCAUUCCCUUGUGGGUGGAUAAAAAUUUAUGAAAAUCUGUCGAAUAACAAGGCGUGUUGCAACGAUCGAGGAUAUACAUAUAAUUUUUAAGUUUUAUUUUAAUACAGAGAAAAAUAGUUUCUCUACGAAAUGUUUUCUUAUCGCUAUCAAGAUAACGUUUCCCUUCGAGGAUUUUAUUGUCAAACAGAAAAUCACAGAGAUGUUAAUGCUUUAGUAUCUACAACUUUAUUGGCUACUAAUAGUAUCAGACACAUUUCUCAAUCGCCUCGAAGGUUUUCUUAUCGAGAAGAUAAGAAUGGAAUAUUUUCGGAUGGAACGAUAAGAUACGUAAAUUUCGAUAGAAUACCUCAAUUAACUAAUUGCGAAAGGAUUUUCUACGAAGAACCUAAAUGCCAUCCCAUUCUUCAGCGAACCACUAUAGAAAGAGAUUACUUGUGGAGUUACGAAAGAUUUUUAUACACUACGCAAAAGUGUAACAGCAUAUUUCAAUCUCUUCAAGUUAGAAGUAAUCGUUACGAAUCGUCGUGGUGCAAGAUGGAUUCGGAAGGUAAUUCUUCGUAUAGAAAUGGCAGUGGCCAAUACGAAGAGGCCAGAGAGUCCACCAUGCUUCCACCGUUUCGAUUGAAAAAGCUGUCGAGUUACAAUUCGCCUUACAUCACUACCAAUUGCAGUUCUUCUCUGAAUACCGAUAAGUCUUUCAAGAUUUCGUUUGGCUGCUCCAUACAAAAUUAUAAUCGGAUCAGGGUAUUAAAUUAUACGGACGAGAUUCUUCCUUACGAAGAAUGUGAUCAAAUUGCUCCUAAUGAAAUAAAUCAAACCGCGUGGAUUCCCGAUUUAUAUGGCUUAUAUCCAGAACUUAUAGCCAUUGCUUCUCAGGAUUUAAGAAUUUUUCAGUACGAAGAUAGGCAGUUGAUCUUAAAAAAAGUAUUUGUAGAAGGUGGCAGAUCGAAUCCAAUAGUAUCAGUCGACUGGAACGUUUGGGAUCCUAAGUUAAUUUCGACGGUGCAGAAGGACGGAAAAUGUAUCGUAUGGUCACUAGAGCACGACAGUUUUACAAACGAGAUAAAAUCUUCGGUAGAUUACCAACACGCGGGAUCUUCAUAUUGCAACGCGCGAUUUGCAAUGGGACAGAUGGAAAAAUGUUUGAUAAUGAUCGAUAGAAAAGACGACGUCAAAAUUUUCGAUCUUAGAUCCAAUUACUGUUGCCUGUACAAGAGUCUUUCGGAAAAAGUAUUCAGCAUGGAAUGCGCAACGAGCGGAGAUCAUCUGAUUGCCUUCGGAUGCAAGAAGAAGAUAGUAAUUUUCGAUUUUCGUAAUAUGAACAAGGCACUUAAUAUCUAUCAAGACUUUUUACCCAACGAAAUUGCAUCGUGUUUUUGUUGGUCUCCUUGUUAUCGAGAGAUAUACAUCGGCACUUCUUGCGGAGGAAUUAUCAAUUGGCCAAUAGAUAAAGAUAAUCGUGUGGAUACGCAGAGAUACAACGUUACCGAAAAUAUAAAUCUUUGGAAUAUACAUUGCCCUCUGUUUAAGCCAUUCAUUAUAUUAACUACGGGACAUAAUUUCCAGACGCCUUGCUACAGCACCAGCGUAGAUACUUACUUGAUAAAAUUUUGAAUUCCUACAGAGUAUACUUUACUCGAGAAAGAAUUCUUUUAUUUAUAUAGAUUCAAUUGUUUUUUUUUAUUUAAGACUUUGUCAAAAAA